UCUCAUCAAUAAUAAUCCAUUCUUCUUCACAAAGCUUUAAGUCUUUAGACAAUAAAAUGAAACUUUUUGGUCUCUGUCUUAGUUUUACUAUAUUGUUCCUUUGUCCGUUCUUAUCUCAAGCCAAUGUGCCGGAACUCAGCCGCGAGCCACCUCGUCCCAUCGUCUUUGUCCCUCAUGGCCGCACCAAAUCGGAUCCACAACAGGUGCACAUAUCAUUGGCGGGUAAGGACCACAUGAGAGUAACGUACAUAACGGAAGACAAGAAGGUGGAGUCGGUGGUGGAAUACGGUAAGCAACCAGGAAAGUACGACGGAAAAGCCACCGGAGAAUCCACUUCUUACAAAUACUUCUUCUACAGCUCCGGCAAGAUCCACCAUGUCAAGAUCGGUCCUCUCCAAUCCAACACCAAUUAUUACUACCGUUGCGGCUGUAACGGUCCUGAAUUUUCUUUCAAAACUCCUCCCUCAACUUUUCCGGUCGAGUUCGCCAUCGUAGGCGACCUAGGCCAAACCGAAUGGACAGCAGCAACAUUAUCUCAGAUAAAGAGUCAAGACUAUGACGUCUUUCUACUUCCCGGAGACCUCUCCUACGCGGACACUCACCAGCCACUUUGGGAUUCCUUUGGCCGCCUAGUCGAGCCACUCGCGAGCCAGCGUCCUUGGAUGGUCACUGAGGGAAACCACGAGAUUGAAUUCUUCCCAAUCAUUGAACACACAACCUUCAAGUCCUACAAUGCACGGUGGCUCAUGCCUCACACCGAGAGCCUCUCUGACUCCAAUCUUUACUAUUCUUUCGAUGUAGCCGGUGUCCACACGGUUAUGCUCGGUUCUUACACCGACUUUGAUUCUGAUUCUGAUCAGUAUCAUUGGCUCCAAGCCGACCUAGCAAAGGUUGACCGGAAAAUGACGCCGUGGAUCGUGGUGUUGGUUCACGCGCCGUGGUACAACACGAACGAGGCGCAUGAAGGUGAAGGAGAGAGCAUGAGGGAAGCUAUGGAAUCUUUGCUCUUUAGUGCUCGCGUCGACGUCGUAUUUGCCGGCCAUGUUCAUGCCUACGAACGUUUCAAGCGGGUAUACAACAACAAGGCCGAUCCAUGUGGGCCUAUAUACAUAACCAUUGGUGACGGAGGCAACCGAGAAGGCCUUGCUUCAUCGUUCAAGAAGCCGUCUUCUCCUUUAUCGGUAUUCCGAAAAUCGAGUUUUGGGCAUGGGAGAUUGAAGGUUAUGGACGGGAAAAAAGCACAUUGGUCGUGGCAUAGAAACAAUGAUUCGAAUUCACUUCUUGCUGAUGAAGUCUGGCUCGAGAGUCUUAGCACAUUACCGUCAUGUUGGCCUUCGAGUCAUUCCAAUGAUGAGCUCUAAAUCAUCAUAGCAUUAAACAUUAUAUACUCUUUUUUUUUUCUUCAUUAAUUGGAUCGUUCGUAGACAAAUAUUCAUUUUGCUGCAACUUACACUUUUAUCAGGGAUUUUUUUUAGUAUUUAAGAAUGUAUUGGUAGUUUUCUGUUCAAGUAUUGCGUGCCUUUGUUUUAGGAUCCAACAUUGGUUAGUUUGUGGGACUAAUGAAUGUCUGAUGUUUUUUGUUUGAUUUUAUCAACCGAUGUCUGAUGGAUACUUA